AUGGAGCCUGAAAGUCGCACAAAUAGAGCCAUUCCUAUUCCCCAGGUCACUAUGCCAACUAAUGCUCGCGAGGUUAAGGGCCCAGGCUGGGAUCGCCGCACACCAUGCGAACGAAAGUUUAUAUAUAUCUGUGAGUUCUUUCCUCUGCGAUCUUCGAUCCAGCCACUGACGGCAUCUGCCUUAGUUUCGAAUCACAUCCUCCCCUUGAUGAAAGGCUCCGAUGAACACGAGUGGGAUUUUUAUGCUAUUCACUCCGCGAUAACCGACGACCUCGUCAUGACCGCCAUAGCGUUACUUUACUCGAGACACAUGAACUUGUCGAGCGUCGGGAGAUUCGCCCAACUAUACCAAGACCACUUUGCAAAACUCCUGUCUGUGAGAGAACACACGCGUCUCUUCAGGAACGAUGGAAACUACCAGACCGUUGUCGCUCUGCUUGUUGUGCUUCUUUCUCAGGCUGGCGCUCCUGGAGUUAUGUUUCUAGAGACUGAAGCCAAGCUGCUUGAGAUUCUGGAGCGUCUUUACCGGAAGGGUUUUACUUCAAUCCAAGACCGUAAUUACCAUACAGCCAUCGAGAAAUGGAUUUUGGCAGAGAUCGAGCUCAUGAAGAAAACAAGGGAGACACUUCUCGUAGGAGGUUGGCCGAGAGCGGUAAAACGGGAGCAUAGUUAG